UACCCCCCCCGCCCUCUUCCUCGCCACCGCCACCCUCCGCCACCGCGAACGAGGCAUGGCGAUUGAGAGACACGCCCUGCUUCUGCUCCUCAUAUGCCGCCUGCUCGCCACCGUCGGCCUCACCGUGGCACCGGCGGAGCCGCUCCUCCAGCUCUUCGACAGCGACGUCGUCCGCCUCGACCCCCCGGCGCUGGCGGCCGCCUCCUCCGACUUCGGGGCCCUCUUCACCGCCGCGCCGACGGCCGUAGCGCGGCCGCGCUCCGCCGAGGACGUCGCGGGCCUCAUCCGCUCGGCCCACGCGGCGGGGUCGUUCCCGGUCUCCGCCCGCGGCUGCGGCCACUCCACCCACGGCCAGGCCCUCGCGCCGGCCGGCCUCGUCGUCGAGAUGGCCCGCGGCCGCCUCCCCGGCCCCAGGCCGACUCCGGUCUACGCCGGUGGACAGCACUACGUGGACGUCUGGGGCGGCGACUCGUGGGCCGACGUGCUGAGUUGGACGCUAGGCCACGGCGGACUCGCGCCGAAGUCGUGGACGGACUACCUCCACCUGUCGGUCGGCGGCACCCUCUCCAACGCCGGCGUCAGCGGACAGGCCUUCCACCAUGGGCCCCAAAUCAGCAACGUCCUCCAGCUGGACGUCGUCACAGGGGAGGGAGAAGUGGUGACGUGCUCGAAUGAGGAAAACUCCGAGCUGUUCAACGCCGUGCUCGGUGGGCUGGGCCAAUUCGGGAUCAUCACAAGGGCACGCAUCGCGCUGGAGCGGGCUCCACAGAGGGCGAGGUGGAUUCGGGUGCUGUACUCCGACUUCGCGGCCUUCACGCGAGAUCAGGAGCGGCUCAUAGCGCUGAACGGCGAGAGAUUCGACUACGUGGAGGGGCUGGUGAUCGUCGACGAGGGCCUAAUCAACAACUGGAGGUCGUCCUUUUUCUCGCCCAAGAAUCCGGUCAAGGUCGGCUCCGUCGCCGGAGAACAACGCGUGCUCUACUGCUUGGAGAUGGCGAAAUACUACCACGAAGAAGACGGCGGCGAGGUUGACGGGGCGGUGGAGAGGCUUCUGCGGCGGCUGAGGUAUAUUCCGUCGACGGAAUUCACGACGGACCUCACGUACGUGGAGUUCCUGGGCCGGGUUCACCGGGCCGAGGAGAGGCUGCGGGGUAAGGGGCUGUGGGAGGUGCCGCACCCAUGGCUCAACCUCUUCGUGCCGGCGUCGCAGAUCGCCGACUUCGACGCCGGCGUCUUCCGGGGGAUCCUCGGCAACAACACUGGCGGCCCCGUCCUCAUCUACCCCAUGAACAAGAACAAGUGGGAUGAGAGGAGCUCUGCGGUGAUGCCUGAGGAGGAUGUGUUCUACUUGGUUGCCUUUCUCCGAUCGGCCUUACCGAACUCUGACGACCCAACCCAGAGCUUAGAACACCUAAAACAGCAGAACCGGGAGAUACUAGAAUUUUGCCACCGUGCCCACAUCAAGAUCAAGCAGUACCUUCCUCACUACAAGACUCAGGGAGAGUGGGUCGACCAUUUUGGUCCUAAAUGGAACCGGUUCGUGGCGCGCAAGGCUGAAUUCGACCCGAAGCACAUCUUGGGCUCAGGCCAUGGGAUCUUCCACCCCUCCUCAUCUCCCUCCUCCCUGUUCCAUUCAUGAGAAGGACCACCCAAAAGGAAGCAUCAGCUGCUAAUUGCUAUUCCAUACCUGCAAAUUGAUAGCACAGGGCAAGUUAGGCCAACCUAGGAGUGUCCUAAUCCUACCUAAUGAUUCAUAUAUUUUUUUGUAUGGUCGCGUCGAUAUGUACAUAUUACAUAACAAUAGCUUAGGCAUUGGAUAGUUUGUAUUUCCAUGAUAUGUCAGUCUUGGUAACCAAUGAGACAGAGCUGGGGCCAUGAUGAUGA